AUGAGGGAUGACGACAGGCCGCCUCCCAGCGACAGGCAUGGAAGGGACCGCUCGGAGCGGGAUCGUGGCGACAGGUACCGCGACCGCAGCGACCGGGGCAACCGGGAGCGCGACAGGGGCGACAGGGAUAGGGACCGGGAUCGCGAUCGGCGGUACGGCGGCAGGGACGCGGACGUGGAGAGGGAGAGGGGCGGCAGGGGGGAGCGGGAUCGCGGGGACAACGACCGGCGGGGGGACAGGGACAGGGACAGGGAGCACAGGGACAGGCACAGGGCCAGGCACCGGUCCAGGUCUCGGUCCAGGUCGCGGUCCAGGGGGAGGUCCUCGCGGUCGCGGACGCCGCCCAGGCGCAAGAGGAAGACGCUGUUCGACGUGCCGCCACCGGCCGGCUCCCAGCUGCCCCAGGGGUUCCCGGCGGCAGGGGCAGGCGCGCCGCAGGCGGCGGCCGCCAUGCCGAUGGUGCCGACGGCGGUGGUCCCGCUGGGCGGGACCAGCUUCGGCGGCGUGCUGCCAGGCGCUGUUCCCAAUACUGCAAUGAUCCAGCCGCCAUCACAACAGGCAACGAGGCAUGCACGGCGUGUCUAUGUGGGUGGCCUCCCACCCACAGCCAAUGAGCAGUCAAUCGCAACAUUCUUCAGCCAUGCACUGGCAGCUGUGGGUGGUACUUCAUCAGGCCCAGGAAAUGCGGUGGUGAAUGUGUACAUUAACCGCGAGAAGAACUUUGCUUUUGUGGAAUUCAGGACAGUGGAGGAAACCUCAAACGCAAUGGCCUUGGACGGGAUCAUGUUCGAGGGCGUCAGUGUUCGCGUACGGCGACCCAAUGACUACAACCCAGCAGCAGCGGCGGCCCUUGGGCCGAGUGUACCCAAUCCAAACCUGAAUCUGGCUGCCAUCGGCCUGCAGCCUGGUGGUGCGAGCAUCACAGAUGCCCAUGAACGUGUCUUUGUGGGAGGCCUGCCCUAUUAUCUAACGGAGGAGAAUUGCAGGGAGCUUCUUGGGACUUUUGGUGCCAUCAAAUCCUUCGACUUGGUCAAAGACAGGGAGACAGGGAAUUCCAAGGGGUAUGGCUUUGUGGUGUACGCCGACCCAUCGGUGACAGACAUCGCCUGCCAAGGUCUCAAUGGGCUCAAGAUGGGUGACCGUGUGUUGACUGUGAGGAGGGCAACAGAGGGCCAGCCGCGACCAGACACAUCUCAGGUCGCUCAAACUGCGAGCAUCACUUCCCUUUCUGGAGCUACAAGGGUGGUGUCCCUUGCCGAGGCAGUCACCUUGGAGGAGCUGCAGAGCGACGAAGACUACAAGGAGAUCCUCGAAGAUAUGCAGGAGGAGUGCAGCAAGUAUGGAGUCUGCACAAACAUCGUCAUACCACGCCCAAUCCCAGGUGCACAGAUGCAGCCUCCCGGAGUUGGGAAAGUGAUCAUCGAGUUUUCAGACGUGAACGCAGCUGUGAAGGCCAGGAACGCGAUGCAUGGGCGGAAGUUUGGGGGCAGGACGGUGGUGGCAGCCUUCCUUCUGGAGGAGAAGUUUGCUGCUGGGCAGUACGAGUAA